GCGCGGCGCAUGCGCGGUGCGGGCGGCGGCGCGGGGGGACGCGGUGGCGCCGGGCCCGGCGCAGGCGGGGGCGGAGGCGCGAGCGGAGCAUGAAUGGGGCAAGAUGGCGGAUCAUGUGCAGAGCCUGGCCCAGCUGGAGAACCUGUGCAAGCAGCUCUAUGAGACCACGGACACGGGCACGCGCCUGCAGGCCGAGAAGGCGCUGGUGGAGUUCACCAACAGCCCCGACUGCCUGAGCAAGUGCCAGCUGCUGCUCGAGAGAGGCAGCUCCUCCUACUCGCAGUUGCUGGCGGCCACCUGCCUUACCAAACUGGUGUCACGCACAAACAACCCCCUGCCGCUGGAGCAGCGCGUCGACAUCCGGAAUUAUGUGCUGAACUACCUGGCCACGAGGCCGAAGCUGGCGACGUUCGUGACGCAGGCGCUGAUCCAGCUCUACGCCAGGAUCACCAAGCUGGGCUGGUUCGACUGCCAGAAGGACGAGUACGUCUUCAGGAACGUCAUCAACGACGUCACCCGCUUCCUGCAGGACAGUGUAGAGCACUGCAUCAUAGGAGUGACAAUCCUGUCCCAACUAACGAAUGAAAUUAAUCAAGCAGACACCACCCACCCCCUGACCAAGCACAGGAAAAUCGCCUCUUCCUUCCGGGAUUCCUCUUUAUUUGAUAUUUUCACCCUGUCCUGCAGUUUACUGAAACAGGCUUCUGGGAAGAACCUGAACCUGAACGAUGAGAGCCAGCACGGGCUGCUGAUGCAGCUGCUGAAGCUCACCCACAACUGCCUGAACUUCGAUUUCAUCGGCACCUCCACGGACGAGUCCUCGGAUGAUCUUUGCACUGUGCAGAUCCCAACCAGUUGGAGAUCAGCAUUCUUGGAUUCUUCGACCCUUCAGUUGUUUUUUGAUCUUUAUCAUUCCAUCCCUCCUUCAUUUUCUCCUCUGGUUUUAUCCUGCUUGGUGCAGAUCGCCUCCGUGCGCCGCUCGCUCUUCAACAACGCCGAGAGGGCAAAGUUCUUAUCUCACCUGGUGGAUGGAGUGAAACGGAUACUGGAAAACCCCCAGAGUUUGUCAGACCCCAACAAUUACCACGAAUUCUGCCGGCUGCUGGCCCGGUUGAAAAGCAAUUACCAACUGGGAGAGCUGGUGAAGGUGGAGAACUACCCCGAGGUGAUCCGGCUCAUCGCCAACUUCACCGUCACCAGCCUGCAGCACUGGGAGUUUGCUCCCAACAGCGUGCACUACCUGCUGAGCCUGUGGCAGCGCCUGGCCGCGUCCGUGCCCUACGUGAAGGCCACGGAGCCGCACAUGCUGGAGACCUACACGCCCGAGGUGACCAAAGCCUACAUCACCUCCCGCCUGGAAUCCGUGCACAUCAUCCUCAGGGAUGGCCUGGAGGACCCUCUGGAGGACACGGGGCUGGUGCAGCAGCAGCUGGACCAGCUGUCCACCAUCGGGCGCUGCGAGUACGAGAAGACGUGCGCGCUGCUGGUGCAGCUCUUCGACCAGGCCGCCCAGUCCUACCAGGAGCUGCUGCAGAGCGCCAGCGCCAGCCCCAUGGACCUGGCCGUGCAGGAAGGGCGGCUGACGUGGCUGGUGUACAUCAUCGGCGCCGUCAUCGGCGGCCGCGUGUCCUUCGCCAGCACGGACGAGCAGGACGCCAUGGACGGCGAGCUGGUCUGCAGGGUGCUGCAGCUGAUGAACCUGACGGACUCGCGCCUGGCGCAGGCGGGCAAUGAGAAGCUGGAGCUGGCCAUGCUCAGCUUCUUCGAGCAGUUCCGCAAGAUCUACAUCGGGGACCAGGUGCAGAAGUCUUCCAAGGUAGGGAAAGUUCCAGAAUUCCACCUUUCCCCAGGAACGCCGGCCUUCCUUCCUUCAGUUCUCCUCAUGUUACCUGCAGUUCGCUCCCAUUUGCUGUCCUUUUUCCUCAAAAUAAAUCCAAUUUCUGUGGAUUCUCCUCAUUUGACCUGGAGGUAA